AUGGAGGUGAAUCAGAUGCAGAGGAGUUUCCUUGAAUACACUGCUGCUUUAUUUCGGGAGGGAUUCUUGGAUAGUCAAUUUAGUCAGCUGCAUCAACUUCAAGAUGAGAGCAACCCAGAAUUUGUGGUUGAAGUCGUGUCUCUCUUCUUUGAGGAUUCUGAAAGGCUUAUCAAUGAUCUUUCCAGCGCUCUGGAUCAGCCUAAUGUGGAUUUUAAAAAGAUUGAUGCUCAUGUUCAUCAACUGAAAGGAAGCAGCUCCAGCAUUGGUGCUCAGAGGGUAAAAGAUUCUUGCAUUUCUUUUCGCAAUUCCUGCGAAGCGCAAAAUACUGAAGGGUGCUUGAAAUGCUUGCAACAAGUUAAACAAGAGUAUCUGCUAAUCAAGAACAAGCUUGAAGCUCUGUUUCAGUUGGAGAAACGGAUUGUGGCAGCUGGUGGAUCAAUUAACAUGGUGGAAUGGAUAAACUAA